GUUCAGUCGGCGUGCAAUGAAUACCUUUCUUCAUCGUUCUGAAUUUGUUGCUCUAAAUCAGUUCUGUGAAUGAUAAACAUGUGAUCGCGGUUCAAAUAAUUUCGGUUGCGUGUUUAUUUAACUCACCGGAACUGCACGAAAGUCAAAACCAGUUUGAUUCGGUUGAUUAGUUUCCCUCCUCUUCCUUCAAUAUGAAAUAGUUUGGCAGAGAAUGUGUUUUAGCUUGCUGCUUACUGAGUGAUAAUUGAUACAAUUGCAUUCUUUAUCCAGAACCAUUAGAGCUAUUACCAGAAUUGCAAAAAGUUAUAAUUGGUGCUAGCCGUGAAUUGGAAUGAUUGAAUAAUUUACAAUACAAGUAAAUGCAUUACACGCAGAAGUAAAUUGGAGCACAUGCAUUUGAUGUUGCACAGUUUGUGCAAAGAAAGAUGGGUAACAUUAUGAGCAGUAGUGAUUCAACGCUUCCCAGACAACAGACGAACAGAGAACGUUGUGCAUAUUAUCGAACGACAUCGCAAGAUCAAAUAGAUUAUACUACCACAAAACGGUGCUACUUUGAAGAUGAUAUCGACAGCAAUCGAAACAACGAUCAUGCAACUUAUAACAAUAGACAACAGUCUCCGACUCAGGAAAACUCUCGCAUGUUGUUCUUGUUGUACCUUAUUCAUCGAACAUGGAACGUGGUGGUCGAUAGUGUGGAUCAAAAAGGAAAAAAAUCUCGCUUGGGUCCGCCGCCGAAUGCAGAAGACAAAAUAGCCUCAAACUAUUUAUACAAUGAAGACUUUGACAUCGACCUCAAUCUUACAGAUUUGGACGACCAAUCGAGUAUGUAUGAAUCUCAAUACACAUUCUGCACUUGCAGCUACUGUGAGGAGGAGUCCGAUCGCAGCCCAUUCAACAACGUUCCCGGCAACAGAUUUUCCUUUUGUGAAAGUGAUUUGUCCUACUGCCUUUAUCAGAUGGCACCCAGCGCCGGGAAAAGCCCACCGGGUGGAACACAGAUUGGACCACCGGAUGCGAACGACGCAUCGAUGGGAUGGAAUGCAAAUGUCAAGCAAGAAAAUCAGCGACCACCAGUGUUUAACCCAGAGGACUAUGUAAUUUCGCUCAAAAAAUAUGGCCGUCGGGGGUCCAAUGGAAACUUCAAAUCCAUUUACGACACCUCCGCCAACGAAGACCAUGCAACCAAGCAGGACAAAUCGAACGAUAAUGUUCGGGCGCAGACCUUACCGCACAAAAAUUCGGACUACCGCUCACCAAUAUCAGCACCACCAGAAAUGGAUGGUGAAAUGUCACUACGCCAAUUUGGUUCCGUGACGGACUUGCUUACUAAAUUACGAGCAGAUCUUCGAGCAUCAUUCCCAAGCUUUGUGCAGGAAUUUGUUUCAAGCCCGCUAGAUGGUGUCAGUUUGUUGCUGGAGGUAUUACGAGCGGUCCAACUGAGCCAAAGUGCUCCUAUGAAUGGAACCACUACGAUGCCCCCCGGCGGUUUGGCACGGAACAAUCAAUCCUAUCAAAGGCGUGCUUUACUGGAUGAAUUGGCGUGUUUACAAUGUUUAAGUAUCUGCUGCACGAGAAGUCCAGAGGCUGGCACACGAUUGGGUACGACGCCGAUAGGAUUGUUGCCCCUGGCCGCAGCAGCUACCGGUACGGGCAUAAGAUCGCGCAUAGUAGCACUUCAGCUGUUAACAAUAGCCUGCGACAAGUCAGCUUUAGGCGAUGGAACACAGCGCAGUCAACUGCACGGACACACGGCAGUUUCCGAAGCGCUAUCGACACUCCGUUUGCGUUGCGCUGAGCCCGUGCGGUUUCGGCUGUUGGUAGGAAUGCUUAACAGCGGCGGAGGAUCGGGCGAAUUGCAAGCAAUCGGGAUGAGGUUCAUCAACACGUUUCUCGAGAGCUCGGAAAACAUUCAGACGCGAUUGUACCUGCAGGCGGAGUUGUUUCAGGCGGGACUGGAUCCGUCCCAAAUGUGUAAAACCAUUUCAUCGACCUCACCAUGGUUAGAGCGGCUUCGUUUGGAGGUGAAACGCUGGGAUGCCAUACGGAUCGACAUUGAGCAGCUGCAGUUACAGGCCCGGUCCGCUGAACAGGUCCGCAGUCGUUUGGUUAUCCUAGAGCGUCGAGUACAAAUCCUGCAUGAGGAGAAAACUGUCCUAACUACCAUGGAGAGAAGGCUACAGGAACGGUGUGCGGAGCUACAGCGAGAGGUCCUGCGCCUAAAGGGCACUGCCAGCAACAACAGUACUGGUGCUAAAGCUCACGAGAGUUCCAACUCUUCGAGUCUAGAAAAGAGACCAGUGGCGUUGCCGCGCCAGGUACCACCUCAACCAAAACGAAACAACACUUCAGAGAACGACGAUGAAGGUAUUAGCAGUUCGGAGACAGGGCAGUCCUCGACUCCAGAACCUCCACGUCUGUAUCCGGCUCAAAAUGGAGGAUCAAGUUCAGGCUCGCACAAGUUCAGCAUAUCGCUUACCCAAGAGAGCACCGUUCCUAUGCACGAACUGAAUGGGAAUGGCGAAGACGAUACCAACGCAACGAUCGAGGAUGUAAUCGAGGAGCUACAAAACAUCGUGAACGAUGCAGAGCGCGAAAUUUCAGACCAGAACGAGAUUCUCUAUCAACAAGUGGAUGAUAUCCCUGAACAGGCAUUGUACAGUCUCGAAAUUUCGAACGAACACGAGAUUGUACCUGUAAACCUUUUGCCGCAACCGCCGCGAAAGUCAAGAUCGCUGGCACAUCUGAUUUCGAACCCAUCUGAUGGAGAAGGAUCUGGUUAUGAUUUGAUGAUGGUUAACAACGAAACCAAGGUGGACUUUUUUGAAGAUGAAGAGGACGCGGGAGUUGUGAAAACAAACUUCGAUAUACCUGCAACAAGCUUGCCACUGGAAAUUGCCCAUGAAUCGCACCCGGGCGUCAUUGCAGGGCCGGAUGUGAUCCAUACAGCAGCCGAGACAGGCACUAUGCCGGCACAAGCUCUACAUCACUCACGCAGUCGGCAGCCUACGACGAAGGAUUCAAAUCGAGCCAUACUCAACGUCAUAAUGGACGCACGCGAUAAAGAAUCGCGUCUGCUUAGAGCUCAGUCACUGGAGCGCGAUCAACAUGUCUCACAGUCGGCUGCACCACAGCAGUUUAAUGGUGUAUUUUUUAUGACUGACAUGAACAGUGCCGGCAAGUAUCCAAAACCGGACAUUACGGCAGCACUGGAAGCAAAGAAGGUGACCAAGAACCUGGAUCGUAUGGGUGCAUAUGGAGUCGAUUCGAUGAUAGACAUAGUCAUGACGAAUGAGCAGCGAUUAAAUAAAGCAAAUGCGUACGCAAAAUCACGCAUGGCAGCAGCCACAGGGCCACCCAACCCAGCCAACGGAGCAAUGCCGAGCAAACUAACCGGCAACAAUAAUUUCAAGCUUCGGCCGAACACUGGCACCGCACAUCAUCCAAGCUUCUCGAUUGGCACCGGAAUGGUACGUGAAGCUAGCCGCAGUCAAACAAAUGUCGGAGGCUCUAAGGUAACAGACUUACCGUCUGGAUUGUACUAGACUAGCAGCGAUUCGCAGACUGACUACGUAGUGAAGUAUUCAUAUUCUGUUGGAAUCACUGCACACUGCUCAAAGUUUUUGCUUCGUUUUAAUGGACACGGUCGUGCAAUAUACUAUUUAUUCUUUUAAAUCGUUUUACUUUUGCUUAGUGAUAGACGUUUGGCGGCACUCAUUUUCGGUAUUUAAUAAGCUCAAUUAAUAUUUACGAUGUACAAGAACGCAAUAUUUGUCUUAGAUAUGUACUUCAAUAUGACAUAAAAUAUGACGAUCCGCCUCGCGAUCGUUUCAACAAACUCUGUUUUAUUUUUAUAGCUACCAACCACGAUGGUUGUUCAUUCUCGAAAUUGUUGCGCCGUUUUUCUUUGUGUUAAGUAAUUGAGAAAUAAAAUAAACAACAUCAACAUCGGAA